CCGACACGUCAGUCCGAUAAAUCGUCAAACAUUUGGAAAUCUGGAAAAAAUCUCAAAUUUCACGGGUAAUAAGGCGACUCUCUCCUCGCAAUGAUGUACAAAGCAGUGAUUUUAUUCGUGCUUGCUUGUGUGAUCGCCUCGUCAACGGGUCUGCGAACGGUCCAGCAAUGCCUUUCUGACGUCGACACCGCCAGAUAUAAUCAAGUUUUUGCCGAUGGCUUGAAAUCCUCCGAUCUCCAAGGAAUUUAUUAUUCCGCAAUUAACCACAAAACCGUGACCGAUGCCGAAAAGAAGGAUGUUUGCAAGCGAUUGCCCACACUUUACACCGAUUCCAAACUAAAUGAGUUCGAAAAGAACUUUUACCUCGUUGGAACGCACAAACACUUCGGAUGUACGGAAAAAUAUCCCUCGGAAGUAGAUGCCAGCAUCAAAUUCGCCUUCAGCAAAAAUAGUUCGACAACGCAGGAAGUUUAUUUCAACUUUUUCACCGCAAAAGCGCUGAAAGUCAACUUGCCGAAUGAGAUGUUGUUGCAAAUUAGUCGCAAUUUGCAGCUCGUUUUGAAGAAAGAUGACUCUUUGAGCUCCGUAGCUCAUGCUUUUUAUGUCGCCGCUGAACUAGGCACGCACGGAGAAUUCGCCUGGAAGCGUGUUGAAAGCACUUUAGCUCAAGCUGACGAAGUUGAUGGCAAAUUUUUGCAAUUUGAAGGUGGUUUGAGCAUUACAGCGUCAGUUAUUAGCAGCAUUUUCAAAUUAUCCGCAAAUUUGAAGAAAGAAGUCCCCCUGACAACGGAACAAGCUACCAAAUUCACUGCCUACUUCUUGUCGCGUCGCUCCGUUCAAACCCCGAAAGGCGUUUCGUCACUUCUGGAAGUUCUCACAACAGUUUCUGCCAAGCCGAGUCACGCUCCGGUCUGCAUGCGACUUUAUGACAACGGAAAAUUGAAGCCGGAACAAGCAUUAUUGCGAAUUCUCGUCGCUGAUGUCUUUGGAAAGCCUCUUGCUGCGGUGCCAACGGUCAAUGUGAAGAUCGUUGCCAAGCAGGGCAACAAAGAAAUCGAAUCCAAAGCCGCUUUGAGUCAAAUUAAGGCAGAACCAACAACUUUCGUCAUCGAUUUAGCGAAAUAUAACUUGGCAGGUGGUCAUUAUUUGGUCGAUUUGGAUGCCGGCACCUACAAAACGCAAGUUGUCAUUAGUAUGUUGCAAAAAGUGAAGGUUUCCUCGUUCGAAGUUGGCGUUGGAGAUGUCGAAAGUUCCGCUGCCAUCAAAAAACACACCGUUAACCACCCGGAUAAGCUUCGCGAGGUCUUAAACGCCGAUUCGCAACAAAAAAUCGUCUUAAAAGUCGCUCUUGUGGACGAACAAACGAAAGCUCCGUUGACCGUUCAUCAAGUUUUCGUGCGUUUAAGCAACGAACAAACCAAAGAAGAGAUCAUUUUCGUCGCGGAACAAGAUUCCAGCAAAGCAUACAAGUUCGAUAUGGAUGUCGGGGCACGUAGCGCUGACUUUGGACACAAAUCCGGGCAAUACAGCAUGGAAUUGAUCGUUGGAGAUGCGUUACUUGCCAACUCUUUCGUGUGGAAAUUCGCUGAUGCUCAACUAAAAUUCGCCCAGGAACCGUCGAAGAGUGCGCAACCAGUUCGCAAGGCAUUGCCCGAAAUCGCUCACAAGUUCCGCGAACCAGAAUCGAGACCCCCGCGUAUUUUUAGUGACUUGUUUACCGGAUUGUGUGCUGCUCCGUUGCUUAUUUUGGUUGUUUUGUGGCUCAAGUUGAGGGUUAAUGUCUCGAAUUUCCCGUUGUCGUUGAGCGCUCUUGGGUUCCAUGUCGGACUCGGAUCGAUUUUUGCACUUUUCUUGUGUUUCUGGCUCAAGUUGAACAUGUUCACGACACUGAAAUACCUUUUGCCACUCGCUUUGUUCACAUUUUUGACCGGAAACCGACUACUGAGACACAUUGCGGCACGACGAUCGGAAAAAUAGAAGACUGUAAGAGAAUUUUUCAGACAUUCUAGAUACUGUACUACGCGUUUCACAUUUUUUUUUUGUUUUUUUAGCUAAGAAACUCACACAUUUCACAUAAAAAAUUGUCUCUGUUCUCUACUAAAAUUAAUUUGAAUGCGCAUUAUUUGUAACAAAUGAUAAAAAAAAUUAAGAGAUAAUAAACUAAAAAUGAAAAAUUA